GUAAAUACUUCGACUUGUAAUUCACUUAUAACAUAUUUCCAAAAUAAAGUCGCAUGCUUUAACGCAGGUCGACUUCGUGAAUUUCACAACGAAUGGAUGUUUAUUACCUCAGACGCUGAGAUUUUAGACAUGGUAUUGGGGCAAAAACUUGAAUUUUCGCAAAAGCCCUUUCAAUUGUUUGUUCCUAAGGAGAGAACAUCUGAUCACAUACAAACACAGGCAGUUGAGGUAGAAAUUGAAACUCUCCUUAAGAAAGGCGUCGUUGUUCUUACGGAACAUGAAAAGGGGGAAUAUAUUUCCGCUAUUUUUACAACAGCAAAAAAGGAUGGGUCUGAUGGGGGGGGGGGGAGUUCACGGAAAAAAAAUUUAGCCCCACCCAAAAUGAAAUCUGUUCCGCCGCCCCUGCGCGGACACCUUACUUGAGGUCCCAAUGGGCAAACCAACCUCUCUUAAGCGGACAGAUGACAGAUUGUCUGAUAAAAUGUAUUCAAUAUUCGACAAUAAAUAACAAUUGAGACCAAUUUACAUGGCACAGUGACACACCAACUUGGCGCGAAGACAUCAGAGCCAAGAUUAUUGAGGAAGUGACGAACGACUUAACGAGGACUGUGAGCCGCCAGCCGAGGAGCCGAAAGAUAUGUGUCAGAUCACUGAUGAUGACAACGAACUGAACGAAUAUAAUGAAUUUGACUGGUCUCUUAACGAAACAGUCAUUAAAUCGUCGUUCGAAGCCCUUAAAGUUGUCGAGCGGCUGGCAGAAUUCGCACAAUUUCGAGGUUUGGAAGAACUUUCCAAUGCCAUUUUUCGACUGUAUCACAAAUUCUUUCUCGUCUUGUUUAGUUGUUUUGACUCAUAAUCGUAAGUUUCAAGAUUGUGUUUCGUCUUAUAAUGAGAAUAGAUAUUCGAUAUUUUGCCACAAAUCAAAGACAAAGUAAAAUAAAUACUAUUUUUUACUUUAUUUUACUUUACAAACUGUCAUAGCCUAAUGGAACAAAUAAUUAAAAUUAUUUGUUCCAUUAGGCUAUGACAGUUUGUUAGACUAGUUGCUGUUGUGUGAGUGAAAGUGUCAAGCAUAUUAAAUAAAAACAGAAUUAUUCUAUAACAAUAUGCAACCUUAUAACGUACAAAAUGAGUGAACCAAUCAGAAUACAAAAUUACAUAUAAUUAGAUAUAGGAUUACAUUUGACUUUUAAGGAGAGAUCGGGCGGGGUGUUAGGAAUAUUAAAAGAGAUACAGUGGAGGUGAUCCUUAAUUGCAAUUUCGAAAGGGUUGAAAGCUGCUUUGACAUUAACCUCGAGGAUGUCUUUUGUCUUUUGCCAAGUAUGACCAAGUAUCUCAAUUGCUUCAUCAAAUUGUCUUCGUAAAUGUUCUCAUGUAACUAUACCGGCUGUUGAUCAUGUUGCUGUAAGGUGGCUCUCAACAUGAAGGGACUUGCUUCGGCGCCGAACGGUACUCUGGUGUUAAACAGGAAACGGAAAGCAUCACAAUCCUCGUCUCGGAUGCCAAUCUGCAGGAAUGCUUUCCGAAUAUCAGCAAGUAGAAUGUGUAUCAUGUGUAUCGUGUGUAUCGUGUAUCAUGUGUGUAUCAUGUGUAUCAUGUGUAUCAUGAUAUCCGGAUCAUGAUACCCAUAGGAAGGGUUUGCAGUGGUGAUCCUGUGUUCAUGCAACCGUUUAUACUGUUCGCUAGUGGGUGUGGCUUUGCGCUCGCGUCGAAAACCAACCUAGCAUUGGUAGUGGUUGCAUCUUCUCUGAUAACUGGCUUGUGUGGCAUGUAAAAGGUAUACGUUCUCCGGUUGGUGUUUUUCGAGCUUUCUCAACAAUACCUGUGGUUAGCUAGUUGUUCCUUCACUGUCUCGUCAUCCCUCACUAUAUCCCUUCUUGCUUGUUCAUUAGUUCCACCAAAUUCGCUCCCUGGGAUCCAUGGGAAAUUCGCCUUAUAUCUCAGCCAUCUCAUUUCACAAUGUUCUAUUUGUUAAAGUCCUCAUAGAUUUGUAGCUGGUCAUACUGUCAUAUAGAUAAGUUGGAUCUUGGAAGCCCAGAGCAGAUCAAGAUUUUGGAUCAUAAGUGUUCCGACGAUGGUGAAGAGCAUCUGUAACAAGUGUGUCAAGGGUCGAAAGAAAUUCAGGAAACUUUGCGGGCAAUUCAUGAAGGAUUUACCAAUUGAGAGAUUGCAACCGUCGCCUGUGAUGUUGGAAGCUGCUCAGAUUGUCAAUCAAAGACCAAUUGGAAGACAUCCUAUACUAGCCCGGAUGACGGUAGUUAUCUCUGCCCAAAUGAUCUUCUCGGGAGAGCAUCGCCAAACGUGCUGCCGGGACCAUUUCAGCAAAGGUCUAGCCAGCAAUUUCGGUUUGACUACAUCCAGGAAUUUGUAGAAUGUUUUUGGAAGAAGUGGACACGAGAUUACUUUCCCGGAAUCAUCGUUAGACAAAAAUGGCAUGUAGACAAAAGAAACGUCAAGUGGGAGAUAUCAUCUUGAUUUAAGAGGGCAAUGUCGUACGUGGGGAAUGGGGAAUCAUCGUUAGACAAAAAUGGCAUGUAGACAAAAGAAACGUCAAGUGGGAAAUAUCAUCUUGAUUUAAGAGGGCAAUGUCGUACGUGGGGAAUGGAGAAUGGGUGUUAUAACAGCGAUCCACCCCAUUGAUGAUAGCAAAGUCAGGAGAGUUUCGUACAAGAACCAGCGUAAAGACGAACCUCUUGGUCAUUAUUCGGGCGCGAAAUUCACAAGCAUUGAAAGAGCUGUACAUACUAGACUGAUUGUCCUUGUAGCGGCCGACCAAUAGAUAAGUCGAAACAGAAAGAUGUCGAUGAGAUUUAAAUAACCAAAAUAGGUAUUAGUUUGGCCUGGUGCGAGUGUUUCGUGCUGUUCCCUUAGAACAUUAGUAUUCGGUUCCGAACGAUUCUGAAGAUAAUCGACAUAAGUAACUAUGCUGUUGCUCACCCUGAAUAUAUAUUGGUGGAGACUUCACAUACUAAAAUAAUAUAAUUAUAUAAAAUGAGCACCUCAAACACCUGAUUACCGCAUGAAAUUAAUUAAACAAAUUUUUCCCGCAUUAUAAUCAUAUUCAUUUCUGCGUAUUUCAUUUCAGAUCUACUACAAUAAAACAAUUUUUGAUUCAGUGGAUGAAUUUAUCAAGUCAUACGAACUUAGAAACAUCACAAAAGUGAAUCAUUCUGCUCCCGAAGAAAAUGAUCUCACAUACUCCACUCUGAAAAGACGAGGAACACAUCUUCAACCUUCACUACCAUUACGUGAACCUGAACAAUUUGAACCGGAUGGUAGACGUUAUACAGCAGAAAACAAUCAUAUUGAAUACAUGGGAUGGAGUUUUGAUUUUCGUAUUCGCACAACAUCAGGUCCACAGUUGUUCGAUAUCAGAUUUAAUGGAGAGCGAAUUGUGUACGAAUUAAGCUUGCAAGAACCUGCAUCGUUUUACAGUGCUUACUCUCCAACGCAAUCGGCUGGUAACUAUCUUGAUACUGCCUGGGCCAUUGGUGCUAAUUUUGAACUUGUGAAAGGUGUUGACUGUCCUAAAACUGCAACAUACUUUGAUGUUGUAUAUUUCGCUGACUCCUCUCAUCCGGGCACACGUCGUAAUGCUGUUUGCGUCUUUGAACACAAUCUGGGAAUGCCUCUUCGCCGCCAUUUUGAAAACGACUUUGAAGGUAGUUAUGCUUUUUAUGGAGGAAUGCAAGGUACAGGGCUUGUUUUAAGAACGAUAUCUACACCAUAUAACUAUGACUAUGUAUAUGAUUUUAUAUUUUAUCCUAAUGGAGUCAUUGAAACGAAGAUCUCUACUACAGGCUAUUUGCUAUCCACAUUGUGGAGACCAGUAGAAGAUGACUACGGCAAUGAAGUACAUAAAAAUGUCGCUGGCACAAUACAUGAUCAUAUCUUUCAUUACAAAGUUGAUCUAGACAUUGCAGGUCGAAAAAACAGAUUUGAAACUAUAACCUCGACACUUGAAAACACCUCCUCAUUGUGGUUUCCUAACACACGUCACGUUCAGAAAAGAUUAAUACAUGAUUUAAAGAGAACUGAAUUGGACGCUGCUUACAAAUUUGAUUUCCAAAAACCAUCGUAUCUGAAUUUUUAUAACUCGGCGGAAAAGAAUGCUCAGGGUGUCCGACGGGGAUAUCGUAUUCAACACAACGGAAUAAUUCAUCAAUUAUAUCCAGAAAACUGGCAGUUUACAAAUGGUUUCAGCUGGUCGCACUAUCAACUUGCAGUAACAAAAUACAAGAAAACCGAGGAUAGGAGUUCAUCUAUGUAUAACCAAAAUGAUCUGUACAAUCCUGUCGUGGACUUCAAAAAGUUUAUUAUGGAUAACGAAAGCAUUGUAGAUGAAGAUUUAGUUUCAUGGAUAACUGUAGGUAUCAUGCAUGUCCCUCAUUCUGAAGAUAUUCCCAACACAUCAACACCUGGUAAUUAUGCUGGGUUUUUUCUUCGGCCUUUCAAUUAUUUCAAUGAAGAUCCUUCCAUAGCAUCAAGAGAUAGUGUUUUGAUCACGCCAACUGACGGUGGUUCAAAGAUUGACAGGUUUGGUAGACCUGAGGGUUCUCAGUGUGUCCCUCCAGACGAGCCGAUGAAUUACAACGGAAAGGAGUUAUAG